AUGCCUCGGAAGCUCGACCAGUUUCCCUUUCCGCAAGACUCACCAUCUGUCGAACAAAUGUCUACCGGCGGCGACGACAACGUCCCAGAGGCCAAGUCGACACCCCGCUCAGCCGGCGGCUUCCUCUUACAAGACGUCAUCCACCUCUUUCACUGCCACUUGUGCGACAAGCUCUUCACGGAACCCGUCACGCUUCCUUGCGGUAGAAGCAUAUGCAAGAAAUGCAUGCCGCAGGCUCACAUACGAAGUCGCAUAUCAUAUCCCGCCAUGGACGACAGAUUAGAGGGCUUCCGCUGCCCGUUCAAGUCUUGCGCCAAGGAGCACACGCUGGGCGAUUGCGGCAUCGACGUCACCCUCAACAAGCUGGCCGAGCACAUCCGUAGCGAGAUCAACCUGCACGGGCCGACCAUCGUCAACCAGCCAGCCAACACCAUAGCCGCUCAAUUACACAACUCUGCCUCGACGCAGCCCGAAUCAGCGUCCGCGGACCGGGACCAGCCCAAUGACACCAAGUCAGAAUAUAACCAUCAACCUUUACAGCAGACAGAAUCCGAAAGUGGGCCGGCCGCCACCAGAGACCACGAGGACAGCGCCGAACAAGAGCAGUCUUCAUUUACACAAACCCAACAGCUCACCCGCUCAGAGCUCGACUGCCAAGUGUGCUACGCCCUAUUCCACGACCCAUUGACCACGGGCUGCGGCCACACCUUUUGCCGCUCGUGCCUGCAUCGCAUCCUCGACCACUCGCGAUACUGCCCCCUCUGCCGUCGCCGGCUGUCCAUCAGCCCGCUGCUCAACCGCGUAUCCUGCCCGUCCAACGCCUGCCUGACCAAGAUCAUCGAGACCUUUUGGACCGACGAGCUCGCCGCGCGGCGGAGCGCCAUCGAGGCCGAGGAGGCCGCGCGCCUGCGAGACCUCGAGACGCCCCUCUUCGUCUGCACCCUGGCCUUUCCGCAGAUGCCGACCUUUCUGCACGUCUUUGAGCCGCGGUACCGGCUGCUCGUGCGGCGCGCGCUCGAGGGCGACAAGACCUUUGGCAUGGUGCUGGGGCGGCGCCCGCGCCACGCCGGCGACGCCUGCUUCCACGAGCUCGGCACCCUGCUGCGCAUCGAGAACGCGCAGUUCUUCCCCGACGGCCGCUGCCUCAUCGAGACGGUCGGCCUCUCGCGCUUCCGCGUCCUGCGCCACGGCUCGCUCGACGGCUACGCCGUCUCCUCGGUCGAGCGCAUCGACGACAUCAGCCUCGAGGAGGAAGAAGCCACCGAGGCCGCCGAGAUGGCCGCCGCCGUCGCCGCCGACGCCGCCCCCUUCCCGCCCCCCGACGCCGCCGCCGGCGACACGAGCUCGCUCCGCUGCGCGUCCAGCGCCAACAGCACGUCGACGGCGACGACGACGACGCCGCCGGCCCCCAUCACCGUGCCGAGCCUGGAGACGAUGACGACGCGGGACCUCAUGCAGCUGGCGACCGACUUUGUCGGCCGCAUGCGCGACCAGAGCGUCCCGUGGAUGACGGACCGCAUGCUCGCCAUCUACGGCGAGUGCCCCGUGCAGGACCCCGCCGUCUUCCCCUGGUGGCUCGGCAGCGUCCUGCCCGUCCGCGACGCCGAGAAGCUGCGCCUGCUCGGGUCGGCGAGCGUCCGCGCGAGGCUCAAGAUUUGCUGCAAGUGGAUCAUCGAGUGGGAGACCAAGACUUGGUCUCUCAAUACGUGCUCGAUCCUGUGA